AUGGGCAACUGGAAUGCAGCUCAGUGGGGUCGGGCGCGGGCCGGGAGGCUGGGCGGAGGGCCGGCGGCGGCUCCUGCGCUCCGGCCGGGCCGUGCUCAUGCCGCUCUGCCCCGUGUUUGUCUACAGACCGCCCUGAGCACGUUUUUCCAAGAAACCAACAUUCCCAACAGCCACCAUCACCCCCAGAUGAUGUGUACUCCCAGCAACACACCUGCCACACCACCCAACUUCCCCGAUGCACUGGCCAUGUUCUCCAAGCUCCGUGCCUCCGAGGGCCUGCAGAGCAGCAACAGCCCCAUGACUGCGGUGGCCUGCUCACCCCCUGCAAACUUCAGUCCUUUCUGGGCCUCCUCCCCUCCCAGCCACCAGGCUCACUGGAUCCCGCCCUCCUCCCCAACCUCUUUCCACCACCUCCACUGCCCACAGCCCACGUGGCCCCCUGGAGCACAGCAAGGGGGCGCCCAGCAGAAAGCCAUGGCAGCGAUGGAUGGCCAGAGAUGAGACUGGAUGCCUCCAAGUGCUGGGCUGGAGUGGGGGGCAGUCUGGGGUUGUGGGGACACAAGAGGGUCAGGGAGGGGGGAGCUGGGGAGGUUUGGGGUUUCCUGAAGAUCGCACUGGAAGAUUUUAUAAAAGAAUUUUUGUGGGUGGGGGGACAGUAAACUUCCUGGGCCACUUGGGUCCCUCAGGAGUUUCUCUUUGGGCAAGUUUUUUUCUCUUUUUAAUAUAUAACUAUAAUAUAUAUGAAUAUAUAAAUAUAACUAAUGUAUGUGAGCAUGAGGUGGAUACACCUGAGGUGCGGAGUCAGAGGGGAAGAGCCACGAGAAUCCUUCCCUGGCCAGCAGCUCUUCCCCCCAGUCCAGUCUCUGGGCAAAGGGGUCUUUCAAAGUCGGGUGGAAUGUCCUUUGCAGUCGGAUGUGAGCUGCCUUCACUCAGAAUUCAUACCUGCCAUCAGGAAGAAGAUCCCAACUCUUCCCAUCCUGGGGACAGCUACCUAGCAGCUGCAGGAGAGGUCCCAGAAGGGCCUUCUUGGCAUCACGGGGCUCUCCCUGCCCCCUAGCCCCAACACUGCCAUGCUCUUGAUUCUUCCUCAUCUCCUCUGCCACCCUUGUUUCGUGGCCACUCUGGUGACUUUUAGCUGUUGUCACUCUAUCUCCAGCUGGGUAUGAAAGGCUUAUAGGACUUAAGAGCUGGCUUGGAAGGCCAGGCUCUGCCCAGUGGGGGACCUAACUGUCCCAUCCCUGACUGUCCUCUGGUCACCUAAGCUUUCCCCAUGUGAGUCCAGGGUUGGAGGAGCUCACCUUUGGGUGGAGUUCCUGAGUCAAAAUCUCAUCUCACCAGAGUGAAUUUUAAUUUAAAAACGUAAAAAGACUUAA